AGCUUCAUGUUUAUCUGCCUGGGCAUCCAUCAACCAUGAGGUCUGCCGACCAUGAAUCGAUCAUCUUGGACGAGAUCCCAUCUCAGCAAUUGAACAAUGAACCACCACCCGAAAUUGAACAGGCCUCGUUGGCCCCAGCUGACGGAGGCAAGGCUGCCUGGCUAAUGCUCGCCUCGUGUUGUCUCAUCCAGCUGCCAGUCUGGGGCUUCUCUACGGUGUUUGGAGUCUUUCAAGAAUACUACACGACACACAAUGUUCUACAAGGAAGCAAGGGAAAUCUCGCAACUGUGGGGACUACAUCGACCGUAUGCAAUAAGACUUGAUCCAGAGGCAUUCAACUUUGUUUAGAAAGACUUUAAAUUGAUCGUGCAGGGCAUUCUAUACCUUCUCUCGCCCAUCACCUUCACCCUGCUGACCAGGUAUCCACGCCUGCAAAUGUACUGUGCCCCUGCAGGAGUGAUCGUCACAGUGACGGGAUCUUUGCUUUCGUCCUUCUCCGACACUGUGUGGCAGUUGAUUGCAACGCAGGGCGUCAUCUGUGCCAUUGGUAAUGGCUUACUCUUCAGCCCGUCCUCGCUGUAUCUGGAUCAAUGGUUCGUGCGGCGGAAGGGACUCGCGCUGGGCACGAUGUGGGCUGCAAAGAGCAUCACUGGUGUUGCCCUGCCGUUUGUGGCCAGUGUUUGUCUCAAUAAAUUUGGCUCAAGUACGACGUUGAAAGCUUGGACGGUCACACAGUUGCUCACUACCCUUCUGGCGCUUCCCUUCCUCAAGCCACGGAUCCCAGUGUCGGCCGCGACCUCGGCCCGACGUCUCGACCUCAGUUUCCUGCGACUGUCCACCUUCUGGAUGUUGCAAGCUGGGAAUAUCAUCCAAAGCUUCGGGUACUUUUUGCCGUCGACGUAUCUCCCCUCUUACUCGACAACCACCGCAGGACUGCCAGAGACCAUGGGAACGAUGCUGGUCUCGCUGUUCAAUGCCACCUCCGUCUUCGGCGGCAUAGCACUGGGUAUUCUCUGCGACCGGUUUGCCGUCACCAACAUCCUGCUCAUCUCCUCUCUCGGGUCGGCGUUGUCGGUCAUUCUCCUGUGGGGGAUGGCGUCGUCGUCGAAUAGUUCGGCCUCUUCUUCUUCCUCAUCUCAGGAGAAAGAAGCCCUCGCUCUUCUUGCAUUAUUCUCUGUUUCCUACGGCUUCUUUGCCGGCGGGUUCAGUUCCACAUGGUCUGGGGUGAUCAUGCAGAUCAAGAGGGACUCGGCUUCCCCCUCGUCACUAGAAACAGGAUUGGUAUUUGGUCUCUUGGCUGGGGGGCGAGGGAUUGGCAAUGUCAUCAGCGGGCCACUCAGCACUGUGCUCCUCCGCCAAGGGGCAUUGGCAGGUGCCAUCACUGAGUCCCGGGGAUCUACCGGGUUCGAGACGCGAUAUGGGACCUUGAUCUUGUUUACCGCUAUCACCGCCCUGUUCGGGGCAUGGAGCUGGAUGUGGCGCACAUUUGUAAACAAUUGCCUAACGAGAUCUCGAGAUUCAUUCUUGUAAUGUGCUGGAGGGGUGAACGAUUCUUGAUCAGUUCUUAACUUGACAUUGAUAUACCAAUUUCUUCCUACGAGAUGGUAUCUACAUAGAAAGAAUGUUUGUGGACACU